AUUGAAGAUUCAAUUCUUCAGUCAACGGUAAGCACGCUACGGCAUCACAGCGAUGCACUCUCUUCCACAACAUCUCCCCGCUGACAAACAAAUAGACGCGACCCAAGUCAAAGUGCUGCCGUACCAUGAUGACGAGCAUUCAAUUCCUCCUUCUAUUCUAUACGCUGCUCAUAGCUGGCCAUAGCAGCGCUUACAGGCACUUUGAAACUCCAGCAAGCUCUGCGUGUCAUUCAUAUGGAUCUCAACGAAUCUGUGAUAUUGAUGACAUUGUGGGAUCCUCGGACAUUGCUGCCAUCGAUGCUGCCAUUCGUCACUUUGAGAGUUACACUGUAUCCUGUCAUGGGUCUCCACUAGGUCUUCAAUUUGGAGUCUACAUUGAGAGCACUAGUCAUGGUGCCACUCCCAGGUCAGUGGCCACUUCCAUCCACAAUCAGUGGGGUGUGGGGUAUCCUACUGGCUGUGAAGGCACCGGUAUCUUGCUCUAUUUGGCCAUACAAGAUCGUCAAAUGUACUUUUCUAGAGGCAAUGCUUUGAAAGCAAUCAUCAGUGAUGAUGUCCUGCAAGAUGCCAUCAAUCUUAUGAAGCCCUUCCUGCGCCAGCAACAGUAUGCUGCCGCCAUUCAAUCUGCAAUUUCUUACUUGAGCCGUUAUGCCAGUGGUGAAAUGGUAGCCACACCACCAUCACACUUUUCCAUCAAUGGUGAGCCAGUAUCGGAUAAGGAUGCGCAGCAAGUGGGUGUGGGCAUUUUGUCAUUUUUGGGGCUUUGUUGCGCGGGUUGUGCUAUCUGUUGCUGCUUACAAUUGGGGAACAAGGCCGAAAACAGAAAUACGCAUCAUGAGCAGCAAGCCGUACAAAAGAUAACACGAGCAAAGAUUUGGCUCCAAGAGAUGGAUGCCGUACAUGCGAACGUAUUGAGGGGUGAAUUCUACAGAGCUGAUUCGUGUCCAAUGUGCCUAAAGAGGUUUCAAUCUGUAAAAUCACAUGACAAUCGGUUCGAGGUGCCAACAGCAGCCACUAUUACUGCCACUGCCAUUACCCCUAUUCCUGUUCCCACUGAUCACGAUGGCAAGUUGAUGGCUACCGAAGACACACCACUAGUGCAAGCUACAGCCGUUACGUCCAUAACAACAACUACAAUGCCGGUAAUUCGCCUGGGUUCAGACCGCAAAAUGGUCCAGCUGCUUCCUUGUGGCCAUGUCUUUGAUGACACCUGCUUGGAAGAAACCCUUACAUUUCAGCGUGAAAAUGGGUUUGCGGCCGGUUGCCCUAUUUGCCAUGUAUCCAUCUUGGGUGACAAGGGAAGUUGCAAUUUUAUGGAGGGUUCUGGCUUUGAUGCAGUGAAGUAUCAGGAGGAACGCGUGUAUCGAUUGGAACGAAUUCACAAGUUGACCACCAGCCUUCACACCCGCAUGCCAAUUGAUCUAAUCAAGGAGUGGAAAAAGGCAGAAUAUCGAGGGUCAAUGGUGGAUGACUUUGUCAAUUGGGAUUAUGAGAGGACGAGACAGCUACAAAGGGAGCGUCAUCAAAAAGCUGAGGAAGAGAGGCGUGAAGAGAGGCGUCGCCAGGAACGUUGGUACCAAAAUCACCGACGUGAACGUGAUUGUGAACGACACCAUUCCCAUACAACUUACGUGUACAGCGAAAACAGAAGCAGUUGGGGUGGUGGCGGAGGAGGAGGCUUUGCGUUUGGUGGUGGGUCUUCGGGUGGCGGCAGCGGAGGUAGCUUUGGUGGUGGUGGAGGAGGUGGUGGUGGUGGUGGCGGCGGUGGGGGUGCAGGAGGAGGCUGGUGACCCUUGCCAUGGCUCCUGGCAAGCAACAGAAGCAUUCCGGUGCUGGAAGUCUCACGACGCAUUUUUAAAGUCUCUAUGUAGUGUUUGAUUACUCUAAUCGUAAAUGCAAAACGAUGCGUCCUUUAUAUCUUGGCAGCGUUCUCGCACUUGACAAUGCCUUGGCCGACGAUGCGUCCAAAGACCACACAUUCACACAAGGAAUUGCCGGCCAAUCGAUUCUUGCCGUGCAAUCCGCCCGCGACUUCCCCACAGGCAUACAAGCCUGGAAUGAUGGUGCUCUCGUCCUUUAGCACUUGUCCUCGCGGGUUGAUUUGAACGCCUCCCAUGCAAUAGUGCAGCACAGGUUCGACCUUGCCCACGUAGUAGUUGGCACUCUCCUCGUCCAGUUGUGGGACGGCCAAGAAGCGACUCUUUCCAAACGAGUCGGCACCGGCCUUGGCGGCAUCCUGAUACUCCUGUAGUGUCGCACCAAUGGUUUCGGCGUCCAUUCCCAUGUAUUCGGCGACCUCUUUGGCUCCCUUGACUUUGGUCAAGAACCCCUUCCAGGCGUAGAAGUCAACAUGUUUCUGAAUGGCAGCGGCACCCUCUUCGGAUACCAAGAGAUAUACCUGGGGCACCUUUUCAUCGCUACCACCUUGCCAUGUCUUUGUCUCUGCGUACUUUGCAUUGAGAGAAAAGAUCUUGUCCGUCACAUAGUCACGUCUCCCAAUCUCAUUGCAAAAGCUAUGAUAUCAAGAAAGAUAGGGGUAGAGGGAGGAAAAGAAGCACAAUCCAGAAAUGAGCAAAACAUCCAUCCACAAUGCCACAACCCCAACAACACUUUUUUCAUGUAUAGAGGCACCACAUACCGUUUUCCUUGUGGUGUCAACAAGAUACCUCCUACACCUCGCAAGACUUCGGCCGCCAAGAACUUGUUGGGGUUGUCCGGAUCCUUGGGAUCCACAAACCCCGUGGGGUGCACUUGAAUGUGUUGCAUACCCACAAGAUUGGCGUUGAGGGCCGAUGCCAAUGUCAACCCAUCGCCCGUGGAGAAUUCUCCGGCCGUGGCUCCCAAUGCCAAUAGUUCGGGACGAACCUUGGCCAGCCAGGACGUGCUGGAUCGAUCGGCGGCAAAUCCACCCGUGGCCAAGACGACAUUGGCGGCGUGGGCUACGACUUCUUGUUCCUUUUCUUCAGUGGUAAUAGUAUAGGCCACACCGACGACACGGCCCUGAUCGUCUUGUACCAAUUGAGUGGCUUUGGCACUGGUACAAAUUUGAAGGACACCAUUGUCUUGUUCUUGUUUGCCUUCAAAUUCCUUGACGGCCGCUUGCAACUUGAUCAUGAUUUCCGCUCCAAUGGGCAAUUUUCCCGCCGGUCGAUGCGUGCGUGGUUGAGAAUGUCCUCCCAACUGUGCGACUUGGGACAGAUCGACUUGCAAUCGUUCUCGCAGCCAUCCCAAGACGGCUUCUUGGCUGUGUUGGACCAAUGUGUCGACCAGAGCGGGGUUGGUGGCGUCACCCGCACUGUGGAGUGUGUCUUGACGAAAGGCGUGGCGUUCCUCGUCCGUGGUAGCGGCAUUAAUGCCCGAGGACGCUUUCAUGGAGUUGCCUCCCAAUUUGGGUUCCUUUUCCAAAAUCAAAACCCGUCCUCCCGCAUCGAGAAUGGUCAAGGCAGUGCUCAGACCGGCCAGUCCGCUGCCAAUGAUGAUGGCGUCAAAUGAGUGGUGGUUGUUGUUGUUGUCAGCCAUGGUAGAUGAGGAGGAAGAAGAGAUGGGUACAACAAUACUGAGGAGUAGAAGGACAAAUGAUGCUAGUAAUACUUGGGACCACAUGGCCUUGUGCUUUCUCGUUGUUGUUGGGCAUGGCUCGACGGAUGGAUUGGUGGUGGCAUUAUCCUUCGCAUGCGAGAAGGUGGGCUUCGCAUAACAACGGCACGAAAAACGGCUACAAGCGUGGGAAAGCUUCCCGUAUCUUGUUAAACGAGAAUCCAAUCGAACCCGUUCGAACUUUGGAGCCAAAUCUAUGGGGCCCUGCAGGCCCCACGUCUUUGGGCUUGUACAUAUCAGCCAAAAAAGUGGGAAUUUUUUAAUUAUGUUUUAUUAUCUUGUUUGAAA